GGACGCCACACCAAUCAUUGGUGAACCACAGCCGAGCGCGCGCGGGUAUGCGCAACUCAUGAAGCUACGCGGGACUGCGCGUAGAAGGCUUCUGAUUCGCACCUUCCGUUAGGUUUCGAUCUCGGACUGUGGUAUGGAAAGUGACCGCACCGUCUCAGCCGCAGCACAAGAACCACCCUCGUUACAGUCACCCGAUGGAAUGCUCGAGGUGCUGAACGACGCGGAACGAAGCGCGCUUCGUGCGGCCGACGCUGUGAACUCACUCUUGGAUGCGCUGAGAGCCCAUCUUAAAGAGGUCGCGAGCAACACAGUGGCGCAUGUGGAGCUGGAGAGAGAUGCUUCGAAACGACUGCAGGGCGCAGCAAUGGAGGCGGCCAACAGAGGAAUGAGGUUCAUCAAUGCGUGCAUGAGCUCUUUCAACGUUUGCGCUGUGUGGCAUGCAGGAUGAACGAGGAAAUGCAACAACUGCCACAGCUCACUGCCCAAGUCAAGGAAUUGGGCCGCAAAGUGGAUGAGUUUGAGUCCCAGCUCAACCGGCUUGUUCCUCGCUAGGCAUGGAUCAGAACUCAAUCCAUAGCUUUUAGGGUGUACCAUGUUGGAUGCACGCUAUCCAUACUUGUACAAAAUGUGCAGCGAUCAUGUGUAUCUUGGACUGAAUAAGAACGAAGGAGACUCCAAAGGAGGGCAAAUUGUAGGCCUAAGAGCAAGUUGUCGCAUGUGAUGUGAUGUGAGCAAGUAA